AUCACAUGCAAGCCACUGAGCUGAUCCCGGAGAACCGAAGCCCAGUAUAAUAACUCUGUCGCGUUGUCUCUUUCACCAGUCUUUCCUUUACGACCAUCAUGGAGUCCAUCGAGGCUAUCAUCAACAAUCCAGCCUACCACGACUAUCUCGCCAUUGUCAAAGGUGCUCGCAAUGGAUUCGUGUACGGCGUCAAGGUCAGGUUCCCGCAUGCCCUUGUCAUGUCUAUUCUCUUUGGCAGAGGAGACUGGCAAACGCGGGCCCGUAGCAUCUACAGGGCAACAAAACAGCAUGCGCUUAACCUAGCCAAAUUUGUCUCUAUUUACAAGGCCCUUCUUCUGCUCCAGCGCAAGGCGAACGGUGGGAAGGAAAGGAACGCGGAUGCUUUCAUUGCAGGUUUGCUGGGUGGCUACAUCGUGUUUGGCAACCGAACAGCUGUCAACGAGCAGAUUGUGCUUUACGUUGUAUCGCGUGUUGUCUCAUCUUUCAUUCCGCGGGCAGCUGCCCCGUACUCGUCACCGCCGGGCUCAGUAUCCGGAGCUGCAGUCGUGAGGCCCAUGCCGCCCGAUUCUCGGUACUUUACUGUUUUCGCCGCUCUUUCAUGGGGUGCAGUAAUGUGGCUAUUCAACCAUCGCGGCCAAUCGAUACAGCCAGGGAUGUUCAAUUCCAUGACAUACUUGUACCGGGACUCAGAGAAGUGGAAGAAUUUGAAGACAUUACUUUGGCACAACACCUAGACUAUACUUAUUCAUUCAUGGUAAUUAGAGAUCAUAUAUCCCAUCGACUAGAAGGUCACCAUCUGUCAUUUCCCUGAGCUGAUCCACACGUCGAAUGACCCUUCUACAUUUGUA